AUGUCCAACGUUUCCGAAUUUAUCGCCGCCCUUGAGGUCGCCCAGAAGAAGGAGAAGUUCACCCCCGAGGUACAAGAGGCUGCUGCCGGCAUCGAUGUCGCUGCCCUUGUCGCCGCUGUUGAGGCUGCCCUAGCUAUGGGUGAGACCGAGAAGAUCACCUCCGAAGCUCAGGCUAAGGCUCUGAAGGCCGGGUUCGAGUUCGCCACCAAGCUUGUUAUGAUGCUCAAGACUGCCCCCGGUCCCUUUGAGAAGAAGGACCUCUACGUUCACUUCAAGGUUGCUAAGGGAGAGGUUCUCCAGAAACCCGGCAUGUUCGACAUGGUGAAGAAGCAGCUCUUUGGCGAGUGGGAGAAGAUCAAGCACUACUCUCCCCAGAAGUCCGAAGCCCUCUACAUCGAGCACGUCAACAACUUCAUCAAGCAGUACCAGCUCCGUGACGAGUAA